AUGAUUAAGCAGAUGGUCGAAGAAUUCGCACACAAUUCCACAUCCGCGCCCCUCCAGUCACCCGCCUCGGAGACCCCCCAGGUUACCUUCGACCCGGCCAAGCACCUGCAACACACUCCUCCCUCCAAGGUGUACACGAUGAACGAGCUCGGAUACCCUAACAGCCGUGGUGUUUCGCACGUUGGUGUUUCUGAGCCGUUCCCGUUGUUCUCCGAAGAGGCCGUCGAGCAGAUGCGGAAGGAGGUCUUGAGCCAGGAAGUCAAGGCCAAACACGAAUACUCUAGUGACCUUGCACAGAGCCAGCUAAGAGGCUUUGCUCCUGAUUGCGCUCCUUUCGUGUACGAUGCCUGGAAGAACCCCGAGACCCUUGCCAUCAUCUCGAAGAUUGCUGGUGUUGACCUUGUGCCGGCGAUGGACUUCGAAAUUGGACAUGUGAACCUGUCUGUCACUAGCGAGGAGGAGAAGGCUCGCGCACUCGCCUAUAUCAAGGAGCAGGCUGCUGCUGGCGUUAACUGGGAAGACGAGAGCCCCAUUGUCGACUGGCACACCGACAGCUACCCCUUUGUUUGCGUGACCAUGCUUUCGGACUGCACUGACAUGGUUGGUGGCGAGACUGCCCUGAGAAAGGGUGAUGGUGAGGUUACCAAGGUCCGCGGACCCCAGAGGGGAUCCGCUGUCAUCCUCCAAGGUCGUUACAUCGAGCACCAGGCUCUCCGUGCCCUGGGAACUACCGAGCGUAUCAGUAUGGUGACUUCGUUCCGCCCUCGCUCCGCCGCAAUCAAGGACGACACCGUCCUCACCACCGUCCGUGCCGUUUCCAACCUCAACGAGUUGUACCACCAGUUCGCCGAGUACCGCUUCGAGAUGCUCGAGGAGCGUUGCCGCAACGUCAACCGGUAUAUGCGUGACCAGAAGCGUGCCAACCGUGCUUUCGACACCCGCGGUGUGAGGGACUUCAUCCGUGAACAGAUCGAGUUCCUUGAGCACAUGGAGCGUGAAAUCGUUCCUAACGAGCUUGUCAAGAAGGGUGUUAUUGGCGACAGCCACUUGAUCUCCGAGCACACCAAGCAGGAGCUCUCCCGGCGGCGCGGUGCUGCUGGUAGCGAGGAGUAA